UUGCUUUAAGCUUCUUCAAUAUUAUCAAACUAAGGUCCUAUUAGCCCCAUUAGCCCCCCCCCCCCAAAUCUCAAACGCUAUUUGCGCCUAUGGUACUUAUAGAUAGUCGUGCUAUUAACUGAGCUAUUAAUACUAAUAUUUUGUUUUAAUGAUUUAUGUACUUUUAUGUGUUAUUGACAUUAUUUUGACAUUUUGUUAACAUAUAUAUUUGUUGUGUACAUGCACCUCAUGAUGCAUCCAAAACUACAUUUAGUGUUUCCAAAAAUGAGGGAGAAAAAGCUUUGGGAAUGGUUUUAAAAAAGAGCCAUCGUGCCUGCGCUAAACAUUUUGAAACUUAUGAAAUUAAAAGUACUUGGGAGUCUGGCGAAGGAUUAAAUAAAUACACGGUAAAUUUAAUAUAAAAAUGGUAAGUUACCUACUAUAAAAUUAAUAUUUAUUUCUUAGAUAUGUUUGAAAAUUCCGAGAUUAGUAGAAGGGGCUGAAGCGAAGUCAAUGUUAAAUUGUGAAAAUAAUGUUUCAAAUGAUCAAAAUAAAAAUGUAGAGGUUUGAAAAUUAAUAAUAUAAUUGAUAUAAUUUUGAUUAUUAACUUUAACAAUACUUAACAAAUUAAUAUUAAAUAGACUUUUGAAUCUGAGAAUAAAUUGUUUCCAUUUAAAACGGAUCCAAUACAACUCUUGAGUGAUUCUCAGAUAAAACCUAUAUGCAAAUCACCUAUUUUUAUCCAAACAUAACACAAUAAAAACCACGGCUUUAGAGUUUAGAUUAUCUUAGGUAAUAUCAUAGAACAAUGGUAAUAUUUUAAUACGUAAUAAUUAACUAAUAACUCUCAUUUUUAAAAAUAUAUUAAAAAAUAUAUUAAUAUUGUUACCUAUGUUGCUAACAUGAUAAUUAUUUGCCAUUUGGUUAGUAUAUAAAUCCGCUGGGAGCGCUCUAUGAUCUUAGGUAUUUGGUAAGAACAUUCUCAACACACUUUUUCUCGUUUCGUUACGCAACCGUACUAUCUUAAACCGUGGUAAAGACGUAUACUUUGACGAACAUAAUCAUUCGUAGUCUGCGUGUUUCCGUACUUCUGAUAUUUGUAUAUGUCCGAACGAAAUAUGUCGCAAGAAAAUAAUAGUAUAAAAUUAAUUACUGGCAAACGAGGCAAUUUGUUGGUUGUAUUUAAAAAUUAUAAGUAUAGUAAAAAUAAAAAAUACGCGUCUGGUGAAAUAAAAUGGAGGUGCAAUAACAAAAAUUGUAAUGCAUUUAUAAAAACUGUUGGAGCUGAGCAGCAUAAUAUUGCUUUAACACAUUUUGCAAAUGAUACUCACAUUACUUCAUGCCUUCCAAUUUCCAUCCAAACACUAGAAAAACAAGAAAUAAGUAGUUGUGUAAAGAGGAAAACGGUGGAAGAUAUUCGUGAUAAACCGGGUAUGUGGACAAACCGAUUUCAGAAACCGGUAUAAACCGUUUUUAAACCGAAA